UGUUAUAUAAUCAAUGCUACAUCAUUUCACAUAUGCUCUAAAUUGUUCAAUGAGAAAGUGUCUGCUUUUUGUCAUAUUUCUAAUAUAUGAUACUGAUGAAUAAAAUAAUGAUGCAGUGGUUUGUCAUUGGCAUAUCUGGGGCGACCUGUAGCGGAAAAAGCACAUUGGCUAAUAAGAUUCUCGACAAUUUUCCAAAAUCUGUUAUGGUGCGUCAAGACGAUUAUUUUUUGCCAUCGGACGAUCCACGUCACAUUAUGAUACAGGAAUUAAAUCAUUUAAAUUGGGACCUAAUAACGAGUCUGGAUAUGCAGAGAAUGCAUUCCGAUAUUAUAAAGAUACUUCACUCUCACGAAAAUGAUGCAGUGGGUUUGAAGAAGAGAGUACUAAUACUAGAUGGAUUUUUGCUUUUCCGACACAAAGACACUACGGAUUUGUGUGAUCGUAAAUAUUUUUUGACAUUGACGAAGGAACAAUGUUGGGAGCGAAGAAAAAAUCGUAUAUACGAACCGCCCGAUGUACCGGGAUAUUUCGAUAAGGUAGUGUGGCCCGAAUAUAUAAAAUAUAAAAAUGAAAUUAUUAAAAAAAAGGAGUUGCAUGGAACUAUAACGUUUAUCGAUGGAUCUAAGGAUAUGGAACAAAUUUAUGAGAUGGUUUCUCAAGAAAUCAAUCAAUUAUUAUCUUAAAACUGUACUUAUCGAUGUAACUUUAUAUAAUUUUAAAUUAAAUAAAUAUUGUUAAUUUAAAACGAG